GAAGGCAGGAGCCCUGGGACCAGUGACAGGACCCAGCAGGGCCGCCGAGACCCGGCUUCUGGGCCUUUCUGUCCCUCCUGAGUCUCCCCACAGGACGCCAGCUCUGACCUGCCUGUCUUCCAUCCGAGGCCAAGAGCAGCUGUCAGGCCCUCCCGGCCAGCCCUCUGCCCUCCUUCUCUCUCUGUGGCCCCGCCCAGCCUCUGCCAAGCUGGGAGCCUCCCAGGAGCCUUGGCGCCCGCUGAGUGCCCCCCAGGAGGCCCUGGGUGGAGCAGCCCACAGUGAGCCUUCCGGAGGGAUAACCCUCCACGACGCCCAGGAGGAGAUCAGUGCACACGCAGACGUGGGAGACCCCCAUGGAGCCCCUGGGUGAGCAGCCCCUACCAGCACUGCCCCAAGAAGAGACCCCACCCAAGGACUCAGGCCCGGAGGCAGAGCCCAGCACGCACACUCUCUACGUGGGCCACCUGAACCCCCAGUUCUCUGUGCCUGUGCUCGCCUGCCUGCUGCGGGACACCCUGGAGCGGCUGCAGCUGCCAGUAGCCCGGGAGGACAUCGAGGUGGUGCGGCGGCCCGGGAAGGCCUACGCACUGGUGCACGUGGCCACUCCCAAGGCCGCCCUGGGCUCGCUGCCCUGGCGCCUGCAGAUGGCCUCACAGGAGCACCUGAUUCUCAAGGAGGUGGCGGCACGCGGGAAGGAGCUGGUGCUGGCUGAGGGCCGGGGCCCCCUGCUGAGCCGCAGAGAGAGGGAGAAAGAGGAGGAGGACAGCGGCCCCAGCCCAGGCCCCAGCCCUGUGCCCAGCCCAGGCUCCGGCUUCCUGAUGCCCACGCGGCCCCCAGGCCUCUCUCCCAACGGGCCCUGGGCCCGGCCCAGCGGCGUGCGCUCCGACAGCGCCAUUGUGCACCAGGAGAUCCUGGGCCAGGAGCGGCUCUUCCAGGGCGCCUUCCUGGGCAGCGAGACGCGCAACGUGGAGUUCAAGCGGGGCAGCGGCGAGUACCUGAGCCUGGCCUUCAAACACCACGUGCGGCGCUACACGUGCGCCUUCCUCAACAGCGAGGGCGGCAGCCUGCUGGUGGGCGUGGAGGACAGCGGCUGCGUGCAGGGCAUCCGCUGCAGCCACCGCGACGAGGACCGCGCACGCCUGCUCGUGGACUCCAUCCUGCAGGGCUUCAAGCCCCAGGUCUUCCCUGACGCCUACACCCUCACCUUCAUCCCCGUCGUCAGCACCGCCCCGAGCAACGUCCCCCUCAAGGUGCUACGCCUGACCGUGCACGCCCCCAAGGUGCAGAGCGAGCCGCAACUCUACGAGACAGACCAGGGGGAGGUGUUCCUGCGGCGCGACGGGAGCAUCCAGGGCCCGCUGUCUGUCAGCGCCAUCCAGCAGUGGUGCAGGCAGAAGUGGAUGGUGGAGCUGAGAAGACUGGAGGAGAAGGUCAAGGUGCUGACGGUGGAGAAGGAGCAGCUCCAGCGGCAGCGGCGGAACUGGCCCGUCUCCUGCACCUGCUGCGUCCUGUGAGGCCCCAGGCAGCAGGCAGGUGCCGCCCUCUGGGCAGGGAAAGCCAGGGAGCUCCUGUUUGGGCCUAAGUCCUUCUGACAGGAGCAGGCACACUGCGCACAGGCUGGUCCCCACGUGGCUCUGACCCUGAGCAGACCCCCAUCUGUGCAGCUGAGACAUUGCUCUCAGGCCCCAAAGGAACCCCACUUUCAGAAAGGACUAUACAAACAUGGCCAGUGUCACCCCAGGGCCGAGCUACACAGGGCUGUCCUCCCUGGGAUGCUCGGCUUGCCCAGGCCGGGGUCUGUGCUGGGCAGGGGCGGGGCCUGUCCGGACCUGGUUUACUUGCUGCGACUUGUGGCUGUCAAAGCUUCUUAAUAAAUUCC